AUGGUCCUCGAGGAGGCCACAAAUUCGAGAAGCGCACCGUCUGAUAGCUUUGCCGACAACGCCUAUCCAUCCGACGCCGAUCCGUACUCUACUCCUGAUCGCGGUGGGCAGAAGUACGUCUACCAAAUCAAUUUGGACGAAUACCCGCGACCGCCGCCGAUCAUUGGCCUUCUCGUGGGUUAUCCUCGUGCACGCGCUGCCACCACUGUCGCCGAAACUUCAAAGGCUGCAGCACACGUGUUGCGUCGUCCUUUAACAGAGGAGGAGGCAAGGGCGCUGGCAUAUCAUGUCACCAAGGCGAACAGCACGGCAGCUUAUGGUGCAUCGGCCGGCGCCCUUUUGGCAAUGGUUCGUUGCUACCAGACCAGGCAGGAGUUCAAGUUUCCGUUUUGGAAACCGUCGACCGUUCCAGGCUGGAACCCUGACGUUCUGGGCCCCUUGAAGGGGCAGGCGGCACGCACGGCGUACCAUUUGCUUCGCAUUCCGCCGUAUUGGUUCAUCGGCGCCUUUACUGCAGCGGUACUAUCGCAGCCCUAUGGGAACGUGGUAGCAACCGUCGCAAUGGCGCAGGAUGAGCGGCUGAAGGCGGUGAAUGAGGCCAUUCAAAGGCUUUCCAGGAACAGGUCAGGCCUCCCUAGUCGACAACCCCCACCCAGCGCUCCUUACCCAGGCCCAGCCCCGCAAAGCGGUGGCAACGACGUGUACGAUGACAUGUCACCAACCUCUGGCGCAUAUGCCGAUAGUCCAGUCAACUCGAACUCGCGCACAUCAUCCGAUCCGUCCCAGGAUGCCGUACCGCGUUGGGGCCAGGGCCAGCCGGUUGGUCAAGCCCAUUCAGACGACGAUGCAUCGCCGACCGGCGGCUUAGGUCCCAUUGAUUCCGGGAUUUCUUCAGGCGGCGGAUCCGCAUGGGACCGUGUCAGACAGCAAGCUUCGUCAGAGCGGGGACCAUCACGGGGAUCUUCUGCACCCUGGGCCAAACCAACACAGAAAGGACAAGGUACAGGAUCGACCUUGGGCGACAGCUUCACUUUCUCGAGCAGCGAUGAAGAGAGAGAGCUUGCAAAGGCAGAGGCGCAAAAGGAUUUCGAUGAUAGGCUCGAGAAGGAGAGGAGAGGAGCUGAUUUCAAUGAAGGCAGCAAGAGGUGGUAA